GUGCUGACCUCUAGGAGAGUGGGAUUGACGGAAGGAUAGAAGGUGGGGAAAUCAGGAAGUGCGUCUUCUCUGAGAUCGGGCCUGGAAUCCACAGAUCUGCAAAAUGUAGUUAGAGGUGAAUGAGUUCCCUUUCAGCUGCCCAUUUGGUUUGUUUCCUUUGUGUGUGGGUGGGGGACACAGUGAAAAGAGAAGCUAAAGCCUCCAGGAAAUUCAUUUUAACCAGCAGUGCCAGUGUCGUCUUUGAGGGCAUCGACAUCAAGAAUGGGACUGAGGAUCUCCCGUAUGCCAUGAAACCCAUCGAUUACUACACUGAGACCAAGAUCUUGCAGGAGAGAGAGGUGCUCAACGCCAAUGAACCCAGCAGUAAUUUCUUAACCACAGCAAUCCGCCCUCAUGGCAUCUUUGGCCCAAGAGACCAGCAGUUGGUCCCCAUCCUUAUUGAGGCAGCCAGGAGUGGCAGAAUGAAGUUUAUGAUUGGGAAUGGGAAGAAUUUAGUGGAUUUCACCUUUGUGGAAAACGUGGUCCAUGGCCACAUCUUGGCUGCAGAGCACCUUUCCUCAGACUCCGGCUUGGGUGGACAGGUAGGUACUAUUAUUCUGUAA